CUGAUGUAAUUGAUUCUUAUCAGAAAGUGUUCUCUCUGAUUGGAGAGGGCAGCAAGUCCGUGCUCUAUGGGGAAUUCCAUUUGGAGCAGUGGAGGACAGCGGGGAUCACUGUUAGUAAUGGGGCUGUUAGGAUUGAUCACUGCGCAUUCUCUUGUUAACCAAGGCGACAAAUGAACUGGAACACAUCCAUCACAAAUGACUGGUUUGAGAUUUGACCACAUCACUUUGACUCUGUCGCCGCACAAAUAAAGGCAGUUGGACGGAGUGGAUCAUCUUUUUAUUGGAGUUGAAACCUACGUUAGGCACCAUGGCCACCCAAGACUCAGUCUACUCUGACUACACCAUCGUCGCCCCGGAGAUGCCGGCCAUGUUCGACGGCAUGAAGCUGGCGGCGGUCGCCACGGUGCUGUACGUCAUCGUCCGCUGCCUGAACCUCAAGAGUCCCACUGCUGCUCCUGACAUCACCUACCAGGACACGCCCCUCAACCGCUUCCUGCUCAAGUCCUGCCCCAUCCUGACCAAAGAGUACAUUCCGCCCCUGCUGUGGGGUAAAAGUGGCCACCUACAGACAGCACUGUAUGGCAAGAUGGGGCGGGUGAGCUCCCCUCACCCCAUAGGCCUCAGGAAGUACUUACCCAUGCAGGACGGGGCCACUGCCACCUUUGACCUCUUCGAGCCCAUGGGGGACCACCGGACAGGAGAUGAUGUCACCAUGGUAAUAUGCCCGGGGAUCGGUAACCAUAGCGAGAAACACUACAUUCGCACCUUUGUGGGUCACUCUCAGAAGGAGGGUUACAGGUGUGCCGUGCUCAAUCACCUGGGCGCUCUGCCCAACAUCGAGCUCACCUCGCCUCGCAUGUUCACCUACGGUUGCACGUGGGAGUUUGCGUCCAUGGUUGGCUACAUCAAGAAGACGUUCCCUCACACCCACCUCAUAGUGGUGGGCUUUAGCCUGGGAGGCAACAUCGUGUGCAAGUUCCUGGGAGAGAACCGGACCAAUCAGGAGAGAGUGCUGUGCUGCGUCAGCGUCUGCCAGGGAUACAGCGCACUCAGGGCCCAGGAGACAUUCCUACAGUGGGACCAGUGCAGACGCUUCUACAACUUCCUCAUGGCCGACAACAUGAAGAAGAUCAUCCUCUCACACAGGGGCAGUCUGUUUGGAAGUGCGACGAAGAUGGAGGACUCAGACCUGAGUCGGCUCUACACGGCCACCUCCCUCAUGCAGAUCGAUGAAACCAUCAUGAGGAAAUUCCACGGGCACAACUCCCUCAAAGAAUACUACGAGAAGGAGAGCUGUGUACAUUAUAUUCACAAUGUUGACGUGCCACUACUGCUGGUGAACUCUGCAGACGAUCCUCUGGUGCACGGGUCUCUGCUCACCAUCCCUCGCACACUGGCAGAGAAGAAGCAGAAUGUCAUCUUCGCCCUGACGCUGCACGGGGGCCACCUGGGCUUCUUUGAGGGGGCCGUGCUUGUCCCCCAGCCCCUCACUUGGAUGGACAAGGUGAUCGUGGGCUACGCCAACGCCAUGUGCCAGUGGGAGAAACAGAAACCGCCGUGCCAAAAAAGCGGAAACCUGAGUACACCCUGCCCUGAGGAGAAGGCAGCGUAAACUUUAACCUCCUGAACUCCUCUCUUGCUCACCUCAGACCCCCCUCCCCACUCACUGAGGAGAAACUUUAACCAAACUUGAACUACUACUCUCUCUCUCCUCUCACCCCUCUUCUCGGGCUACUGUCUCAACCCUCCUCCUCUGCCUCCCUGGUACCCCUGUUCCCUCAGCCUCUGCUCCUCCUGCUGCCCCCCUCUAACCAAAACAACCUUACAUGUGAAGGAACUAAAAUGACUAAAUGCCUUUGUGCUUUGUCUCUGAGGGGAACUAGUGGAGUGGAGAGGAACAACAGCUUUUGUCCUUACGUAUACAUUACCAAGAGAGAUCCCUGAGAUCCAACCAUGGAGACUUUGACCAAAUACUCACUAAAAAGGGAUGAAGCAACCUGACAUCCUAUGAGUAGAGAGGGAGAGAAAGCGACAUGGUAGAGGUGUAGUCGUAGAGAUAACAAGAGCACAGAAGAAACCUCCUAGUACUAUCUCUGAGGACUAAUGAAGCUGCAGUUACUGUACGUUACAGUGCACUCACUGCUGACGACCGCCAAGGCUUUAGCCUAGUUUGCCGUCUUAAACCAACACCGCCUCUUUAUACAAUGUAUGUUACUCGCAAAUACUGUAUAAAAAGCCAGUUUAGUUUAGCAGGCCGUGUGUGUGCUGAGAAAGAGAGCUACGGGAUAGCUCUGUGAGCAUGUGACCUUUUCUAUUUGGUUGAUCUGAUUCUCUGUUCACGGUCUGUUUUAGUCCUAAGUAUGAUUUCUUGGUGAAUAUCAGCCCUUUUUGGAAGGUAUACAAAUAUUAAAUACUAUAUUAUACAGUAAUGGAACUUUUAAUCGAAUCCCCCAUAAAAUAAGUAUCUAUUUGGUACUUGAUUCCAUGUAGAAUCAAGGGGUAUGUCUCACAUGGCACCCUAACCCUUAUGGUGAAAUAUAGUGGCCCAGGUCAAAGGUAGUGCACUACAAAGGGAAUAGGGUGCCUUUUGGGAUGCUGCCAAGGUCCCCCCCCGUGAUAUUAAGCAAUGGAGGUAGGUUUUUGCCUACCGGAUCUGACCAGUGGUCAAUCUCAAUGGGAUCCAUGCACAUUCCUACUGUCUCGUUGGUUCUAUCACUUUAAUUCAAUGCACUUUAUACGUUGUAUGCCACGUUUCUUUAUUUAACCAUUUUGUUGUUCUUUCUUUUAUGGGACUAGUGGAAGAUAAAGGUUUAGAAACUCUUUUUUUUUAUGCGUAACGUUUUGUUCAGUGACACUAACGAACGAACGGGAGGGAGAGAGGUCGGUAACUCUUCAAGUUAGAUGGCCCAAAUGAUCCCCAUGUUCACUAAACCCUACAGUGCACCCUCCCAUAUAGUGCCCUACAUGUUAGUACACCAUGUAGGGAAUAGUGUCAUUUGAGAUUAGCCCUCAGGGUGAAUCUUCCUUGGCUGUCUGUCCUGUGCAGUCAACCUACUCAGCCUUACUACUAACCCUAACCUACUCAGUCCUAUACCCUUGAUCAGCUCCAGGUCUUCUAUAACAUGACUGACUAUGGAAUCAUUCCCUUAGACAGAGAGUAGCCCACUGCCAAUACACAGACACUCCAGUGUCAAACACUCAUAUAGAAAUGGACCUAGUUGUACUUGUUUUAGCUAGCACCUCAGACUCAAUAAUAUCACUAAAAUACAUUUUCCACCAAUGUCAAAACAUACAUAACUUGCUGUGAUAACUGGUUUAUCACAUCCAAUGUUGAACCCUUCAUUGGCGAGGGCACUGUACAGAUGCACAUACAAUCAUGUAGAUGGCUGGGAUAAUAGGCCAUGUGUUCAUGGGACCUGAGCUGUGAGGUGUGCUGAGUAGGAUGGCCAUAAUCAUUCACUUCUAACAGACUCCAUUUUGUUGAACCAAAAGUCGUCACAGAAAAGUGUUUUUAGUUGACCAGUGGUAGAAUACUGAUAGAAUAUUGGUGGCAGUGUUGAGGUCUCCCAGAGAGGAAGUAUAUUAUACAUGGAAAUGGCCCAACUUUGUUGCUAGGGAACAUUAUAUUUGAAAGAAACUGUAUACAAGGGGAGAUAACUUCUUUCCGUUUUAUUUUGUCAGGACCGAAGGUCUUAGCACACACGUUUGUGUUUUAAGGAAUGCUGUAACAUGUCAAUGCUGCAAGAUGCUGAGGUGUAUGAGAAUGAUGUGUAGGUGAGAAUCUGAUGAGGUUCGCAAAGUCUCAACCCCGAAGUCAAGGGUGAGUGGUGAAAAAAAGAUCAAGUUUAGAUGUUAUAGCUUUCAGUGUUUCCUCUUCUUCAGAUAUAUAAUGGCCAUGCAUUUUCCCCUUCAAAGCCUGCAGUGGUAGCCAUGCUGGUAGUGUGUGGUGUCAUGACAUGGCUAGCCCAGAGAUCCAGCCAAGUGAACUGCAGGGAGAUAAAGCUGGUGAUUCACUGUACAUUAGGGUUGCAUCCCAAAUGACACCAUAUUCCCUAAUAUAGUGUACUACUUUUGACCUGAGCCCUAUGGACCCUGAUUAAAAGUAGUGCACUAUAUAGGGUGUCAUUUGGGAUGCUGCCCAGGCGUAUCAGUCCCACCCAACCCAUACCUCCUGAGUACCAUAAUGAUCUCUUUUAACAUCACCUCAUGCCAGUCAUUUGGCUGGCUGAGUUCUUUCAGCCUUGUAAACUGCCACUCCCUGCUCUAAUUUCACCUCUGUCGACUGGUGUCUAAACACAAGGGUGCCAUCUGCAGGCUUGGAGAGCAAACUACAACUACUGUCUAAAAUCCAGCCAGUAGGUUACUGUACUGUAGUCCUUUAGACAUUAUUGAUGUUAACUCAGUGAGAGAAGAUUUGAAUACCGCUGUUGAACUAACUGAUGUUUAUUACCAAUGUUUGUUACCAAUUUUUAAGGACACUUCACAGUUAUAGUUAAAAGUUGAUAGAAAAUCAGUUAGUCAGUGAAUCGUCCAGUCUAACCAAUAGUCAUGUCAUUCUGAGAUAUCCCAGCGAGUAAGAUCUGAGUCUUGAUACACCAGCAUAACAAGCAAUCUUUGCUAUGACUCCACACAAACAGGGUGUGUUCUGUCUAUAGAAAUCUGCUUAUCACCUAACUUUGCACCGAAAUGCAGGUUUGGAUUGUAUCUCUUCAAACUAGUUACAGAAUUGUUUUUUCAGAUUUAUUUUCGAAAUGUUUUUUGUAUUUUGUAUUGUUACGGUGACUAAUUGUUGUUAUUGUUAUUUUCUUGUAUGUGCAAAUUUGUCAGCACGUGAGUGUUUAUGAAUGAAUGUAGGUGUGUAUGCUGAGUCCUGACCACCUCUGGUUGGGAAAACCAAAACAUGUCUUAACUGUAAAGAUAUGAAUUAAUUAAAUGUAUACAUAGUUGGGUCGUUCCACCAAUUCAGUGCCUUUUGAGAUGUGUAACUUGGUGACCUUUAUUACUUUUAUUUAAAAAAUUACUAUAUUAAGUGGCAAAUGAA